AUGCCACAGAAGAUCACUGUCGCAGUGGCGCAAUCCCGCACCCUCUCGACACUAGAGGCCACUCUGAACGCAUUGAAGCAAGUGACUCAACACGCCGCUUCCAAGGGAGUACACCUCCUCCUCUUCCCAGAGGCCUACUUAGGUGGAUAUCCACGUACCUGUGACUUUGGCACAGCGGUAGGUGCCCGUGAAUCGUAUGGUCGCGAUCAGUUCCUGGAAUAUUUCCGCUCUGCAGUUGACCUUGGCGACACGCCUACGGGAGCUGGAGAUGAGUGGGUUGAGCGGAAACUGCCCGUGGCAAAAGGACGGGAUCAUCGGGGUGAUGGAACUCGAGAGUUUCUGGAGAAGGUGGCCCGCGAAACUGGAGUGUUCAUUACUACUGGAUUGAUUGAACGAGCAGGGGGAAGUUUGUACUGUUCCGCUUUGUAUGUCGAUCCCGUGCGGGGCGUGUUGGGGAAGAGAAGAAAGGUGAUGCCGACUGCCUCGGAGCGUCUUAUUUGGGCACAGGGCUCACCUUCAACGCUCAAGGCUAUUACUACGGAGCUGAAUGGGGUCAAACUUACCAUUGCGGCUGCUAUUUGCUGGGAAAGCUUCAUGCCCAUGCUUCGGCAAAGUCUCUAUUCGCAGAAUGUGAAUAUCUAUCUUGCACCCACGGCUGAUAGUCGUGAUACUUGGCUCCCGCUUCUGCGUACGAUUGGUGGCGAAGGCCGGACCUUUGUGCUGUCUUGCAACCAGUGCGUGCGCUAUAACGAGCUUCCUUCGUGGAUUAUCCAGAGUAAUGCUUCCAAGGAAACCUCCGAUCACUAUAUUUCGCGCGGUGGGUCUUGUAUCGUCGGACCCCUCGGUGAAGUCGUGGCCGAGCCCAUCUGGGAGGUCUCCACUGAUGACGAUGCUUCAAAAAUUGAAGAUGGACUGGUGAUUUCGGAGAUUGAUCUGGAGGAUUGUGAGCGAGGUAGACUGGAUCUUGAUGUCGCGGGAAGUUAUUCGCGAAAUGAGUUCAAGUUGUCUGUGGAGGGAUUGGAUCUGAAUCCUCCUCCGUUUUAG